CUGCGCCGGCGUGCGGGCGCGAGCGGUCAAAGCGCCUUCCGGAGGCCUCCGAAGUGCGCCCUUUUCCCUGUCUGUCGCUUUCGGAGUGCUCCGAGCGAGAUUCAAAGAGGCCUUCGCCAUCGGAGGGGUGUUUUUCUAUACUCUGAGUCCCCCCGGUGCCCCGCCACUUCGGCCCUUGCCCUUUGACCCUGCUCUCGCGGCGGGGUGAGAGGUAGGUGGCCAUCUUGUGGCGGCGGCGCGGGCGGCUGAUACUGCGGAGACCCAUCCCCUCCCCCUCCUGGCCCCCCCCGGCCAUCUGUCAGUCAUAAAGAGUCCCGCAGGCCGCCAGGUGAGGUCCCGGCCUCGUGCCGUCGCUCUCCCCGCCGCACUGGGCGGCCCAGGCCGAUCCCUGCCGGGCCUCACCGCCGCCACCAUGUCCUCCUUCUCCGAGUCGGCGCUGGAGAAGAAGCUCUCAGAGCUGAGCAACUCUCAGCAGAGCGUGCAGACCCUCUCCCUGUGGCUCAUCCACCACCGCAAGCACGCGGGACCCAUCGUCUCGGUGUGGCACCGCGAGCUCCGCAAAGCCAAAUCAAAUAGAAAGCUUACUUUUCUGUACUUAGCCAAUGAUGUCAUUCAAAACAGUAAAAGGAAAGGACCUGAAUUCACUAGAGAAUUUGAAUCUGUCCUUGUGGAUGCUUUUUCUCACGUUGCCAGAGAGGCAGAUGAAGGCUGUAAAAAACCUUUAGAAAGAUUGCUGAACAUCUGGCAAGAAAGAAGUGUGUAUGGCGGCGAGUUCAUACAGCAGCUGAAGCUGUCUAUGGAGGACUCCAAGAGCCCUCCCCCCAAAGCAACAGAGGAGAAGAAAUCUCUAAAGCGAACUUUUCAGCAAAUACAAGAGGAGGAGGAUGACGACUACCCUGGAAGCUACUCUCCCCAAGAUCCUUCUGCAGGACCCCUCUUGACUGAGGAACUAAUCAAAGCUUUGCAGGACCUGGAAAAUGCUGCAUCAGGGGAUGCUACUGUCCGACAGAAAAUUGCUUCUUUACCCCAGGAAGUGCAAGAUGUUUCUCUUUUGGAAAAAAUAACAGACAAAGAGGCAGCUGAACGUCUUUCAAAAACAGUAGAUGAAGCAUGUCUGUUACUAGCCGAAUAUAAUGGGCGCCUGGCGGCAGAACUGGAAGACCGACGCCAGCUGGCUCGGAUGUUGGUGGAGUACACCCAGAACCAGAAAGAUGUUUUGUCAGAAAAGGAGAAAAAACUAGAAGCACCAUUUAUGGUUUCCUGUACCAUGCAGACAUUUGAAAGAUCGUGCUCCUUCCUUCUUGCUGUUCCCUAUCUGGAUUGCAAAUCCUCACUUAUCCCUACCCAUCCUCCACACCUGGAGCUCACAGGCUCUGCCCGGAUUCAGACCCCACCACCACCCACCUGGACCACAGCGCCGCCCCCUGCUUCCCAUCUGUCCCCACGGUCAUCAGAACACCCCUCUCCAGUCUGAAGCCUUUGGAAUCAAGACCAGACCCCCAGGCUGGCAGUGCAGACCCCGGACGGUGUGUUCUCCCUGACGCCCUUUCGUGCUCCCUGCAUUGACUUUCCUUCCUCUUGGCCUUUGCUCCUGCUCUUCCCCCUCCUGGAGCCUCUCCAAGGCCCGCUUCCUUUUGUCCAAACACCGUUCAACUUUUAAACCCAGUUCAAACGUGACCUCCUCUGAGAAAUCGCCCCAAGUUUCCUCUCCAGGGGAUCCUUCCCACUGAGCGCCCCCCUCACCAGAUCAUCUCGCUCUUGUCGCUCUGGAUCUCCCCAGACUCGUUGCGGAAGUACUCAAUGAGCAGGUUGCUGUUCUGGUCGUGGGCCGAGUUAUAGUUGGUCACGACGCGGGUGGGGACGCCGAGGCACCGCAGCACUGGGUCGGGGGACACAGUGGAGAGAGCUUAGGGGGUGAGCUGAGGCCCUAGAGACAUCUGCUCCGCUUGGGCCUCCACGUGCCCAUCUGUACCCCAGGGAGCACUGCACACUGGUAAGGGUGUGCCAUCCCCUUGCCCGGACAAUGGCACCCACCUCGCUGGUUGCCCCAUGUCCACUCUUUCCCUUUCACAUCACAGCUAACAAAAGACUCUAAAUGCAAAUCUGACAUUAACAGUCCUCUGCUAAACCCUCAAUGGCUCCCCACAGCCCUCGAGGUCAAGGCCAGACCUCCACCGUGGCCCUUGCCCUGCAGGGUCUGGCCCCUGACCACCUCCUGCACACUUUGCUCCAGCCACACCGGCCUCGCGGCUCCUCCAGCACUCCAUGCUGCCAACAGCCCCAGGACACUGGCAUAUGCUGUUCCCUAGGCCAGGAAGGCCACCCGGCCGGGUUUAGAUUACCCCAUCAUUUGCAUUCAUAGCAAAACUGGGGAUUCAUCAUCGUUCCCAAUAUACAGGUGUGUGAGGGAUUCUUUAAUUUGUCCUCUGAGGGCAGUGAGCGAGCUGUCUUAUUUUAUAUCCCCAGAGCCCAGCACAGGCCUGGCACAGACUAAUUUGUCAAAUGGGAUGAAGGAGUGGGUGAAGUAGAAAGAAAAGGAGGAAGGGAAGGAAAGAAGGAAUGACAGAGAUUCAGAGUGAGGAGUGAACAGUGGGGCAAGCAGAAGAGGGAAAGGUCAGGAGCCCUUCCGUUCCAGCCCCAGCUGCUUCGGGCUGUGUGGCCUGAGGCCAGUCCCUUUGCCUCUCUGGGCCUUGUUUCCGCCUCUCUAGCCCGGGGUUCAGGUGCACUGGGACUCCAUCGUGGGCCAGGAGGGCCUGCAUUUGUGCCUCAGCACAGUUUACAGAGAGCCCGGAGUAACUGGGAAAGGGACUGGUGUUGGAAUGAUAGGUGACAAAGAGGCAGGAUGUCAAGUGGCAUCUAUAGACCACAGAGGAGGGACGAAGACCCCAGGCACGAAUCCUGCCCGAAUGGUGAUGCUAGGUGCUCCUGACAGAGGGAAUUAUGGGUGUUUUUCCUCCUUCAUUUUUUUAUGUUACUUUUUAUGUAAAAUGUAAAAGUAACAUAUUCUCAGGGUAAGGUAAAGAAAGUAACAUCUAAAAAGCGAAGUGAAACAGAAGGGCCUACUAAAUAUAAUCUGUAGGACCUCUGUUCUACUUUUAGUUUUGAUUGAGGUUGAGUCUCUGAGACGGGGGAGGGGCAGGGAUGUGACCUUUGCCCUGUGCCCACCAUCAACCAGGGCAAGAGCUUCCCCGAUGGCCCUGGAUUCUGGCUGGGAGACGUGAGGGCACUGGGAGGAGGAAGGAAGGAGCAGCUGUGACCCUUCACCUCUUGCCUGGUUCCUGUGCCUUUCAACUUGGGUAGAGUCUGGACGCUCUGCUGCCCGUGGCGAGGGCUGAUGUCCCAACCCCAGGCCUUGCCCCACCAUGUGACAGGCUUCAGAGCACAGACCUGAGGCUUGGGGAGGCCUGUCCCCGCUGCCCAGGGGGCCAGGCUCCACUCCUGUCCCAGGGAUGGUGUCCCGGGAGGCCUCAUCAUCACAGUCUAAGGCCAGGAGGCUGUGCCAGAGCCGGGCCCACCUCGUUCCAAGCCUGGCUGUGCCGCUCACCAGCUGUGCGACCUUGGCCAAGCCACUUCUCUUCCUGUGCCUCCAUUUCCUCCUCUAAGAGGAGCUAAUAAUAGCAGCUUGUCGGGAUCUUGUAAUGAUUCAGAGAGGAAUGGGUAUGGGCAGUCUGGCCGAACAGAAAAGUGUGUCACUGUGCCCGUCCCUGCAAACGUCCAUCCAAUCACUGUCAGCCGACUUAUGGACACAGAGAAAAUGCCCCAGGAUCCAGCUGAGGAAUCCCAGCUGCCCCGGAAACCCACAAACCCCACCUAACUUGAACCAGAGACUGUGCUAAGUGACAUCUCCCCGGGUCCUAAGAGCUCCCUGGGACUUGGGUCAGUUACUGCUGUCUCCAUUUUACAUGUGAGGAAACUGAGGCUUGGAGACACCAGUUCUCUCGCCCAAGUCCUCCCAGGGGUCAGAGGCAGAGCUGUGAUUCAACCCGGCCAGUCCGUCUCAAGUCCCUGGGCCGAUCCACCAUUCGGCUCCCUGCAGAAACCCCGUGACCACGGGGAUCAGACGCCCCCUUAUUUGACCAAAUCUCCCUGGCUCCGUUACACAUCAGGCCUGGGAGAAGGCUGCAGGGACCCCGGGCUCACAGAAGCCAAGGGCGGUUCCAGGCCCUCUCACAUCCCGCGUGCCGCUCACCAGUGCAGGCCACAGCAGCAAAGACCCAGCACUGGCCAUACUUGACGCGCUGGCAGCCGCCAUUCUUCCAGCGACGCAGGAUGUCCACGCUGCCGAUCCAGAACAUGGGGCUGACGCCAUCCCUGUAGUUGUUGUCCCAGCGUCCCAGCAGCACGCCCUGGUCAUCGUUGCAGUUGACCUGCAACCAGCGAGAGCGUCAGAGGGACCAAGCCUGGGGAAAGGGUGACAGCUGCACUAGGGUGGGCGUGAGUGCUGCACAUGGUGAAAAGGCAGGGAAGGGCAUUCCAGGUUGAAGGAACAGCAGGUGCAAAGAUCCCAAGGUGUGACAGACUGGGAGGUUAGAGAUGGCUGGCACCGGAGAGAGAAGAGGGAGGGAGGAGGUAGAGAGGGGUCAAGGUAGCGAGGGCGAUGCUGGAGAUGUGAAUUUGUCCAUGGGGUGGCAGGGGAGUGACACGGCGUGAUCUGAGUUUUACAAAGACCCCCUCUGGCCCCUGCCCAGAUUGUGUCAUUUGCCCCCAGACUCCCAGAACCUCGAGAAUAAAAUGCAGCCUCCUGACCGUGGCCCUGAGGCCUGCACCGUCUGGCCCUGCCCCCUCUGCAGCCCACCUGCACCCGCCUCUCCCGCUUGUGCUCUGCUCCAGCCAUACUGGCUCCCCUUUUGCUCCUCAAACCUGCCACAGCCAUCCCUCCUCAGGGAGCCUUUGCACAAGCUGUCCCCUCUGCCUGGGAUGCUCUUCUCCUCCCAGUUACUACGUCACCUCGGGACUCAUCACUUAGGGAGGUCCCCCAGCCCCUUGCUGGGGUUAGGCCCUGUAUUCAGACACUGUCACACAUCUGGCCCCUUUGGCGAGUGCAUCGUAACUUAUGACUGUGCACUCAUGUGAUACUGUGGUUCCGCCUGUCUCCUCCCACACACACCCUAGAACGGAAGCUCUAUGAAGUUAGAGACCAUUCAUGUCUUACACCUGCUUUUCCCUGGUGCCUAGGAUGUGGGUGGCACUUGAUGAAUACUUCCUGGAUGAGUGAGUGAAUGAAUGAAUGAAUGGAUUGCUUUGAGGGACCACAUGGCAUUACCCGCAUUUGUACCUUGUCUCUCCAAAUACAAGGUCUCCUAGCUGGGACUCACCCAUCUCCUGGGUCCCCCCACCGUGCCCAGCGUGGGGCCUGGCCUCCAUCAUCACAGGAAGGGAGGGCCCCUGGGGCGGGCCGGCUACUCACUCACCAUGCCGCUCACCACCCGGCCCACGUAGACUGGACUGCUGCGGCGGGAGCAGUCGCGGCCAGCAUCCCUCAGGAACUUGGGGUUGACGUCCAAGAGCAUCAGGCAGAUGUCCAGAAUCCCGUCUUCAAACUGUGUCAGAGGAAACAAGGGGAGGAUGAGGGAGCUGAGAAGUCACCUCCUCUGGGAAGCCUGCCUUGAAGUCCAGCAGCUGUGGGACCCCUCUGCUCUGUCUCACACACCAGAUCGGAGGCUCGGAGGCUCGGGCUGGGU